AUGCGUCUCCCUAUUGGCAUGAUUCCUUGUUUUUUUACUUUCCUAAGUGGGAUAUUGGCUUUUCCCGGCCCUCCUGGUCCAGCAACACGGCCUCAUUCCCUCAAACGCCUUUCAGAGUACAAGUCCUCGACAGCAGGUUGUAGCUCUGGUCAAGAGGCAGUCAUCCAAGCACCAGUAAAGAAUAUCUUCCAGAGUCUUACGGAUGAAGAAUAUGCCCAUGUUACGGCGUAUCUUCAUGAGCAGAAGGAGCUCAACUUGACGGCUGUAGUUAACUCGACCUCUUGGGAUAAUGUCAUCGUGUCUCUGGACCUAUUACAGCCGAACAAGACAGAUGCAUUGGCAUAUCUUGAAAGGCACGGUCCUGCUCCAGUCCGCUAUGCAAGAGCAACCCUCCAAUUUAACUCGAAAGUGCAGCCCUAUAUUCAAGAGUACAUGGUCGGGCCGCUACCAAUCGAAAAGGGGCUGACGCAUCAUGAGGAACUUAACUACAUGUUCACAUCUGGCCGAGGCCGAAUCAAUGUGUACAACGCUGAUGGUGAAGCCAUCGCUGCUUUCAAUCUCAAGAUUGGCACGGAAAUAAAGGACAUUACCAAGCAACUUCUCAAUGGCACCGCAACCGGUGCCAAGACCGACAAUCUGCUGAUUGCAGGUAGUGACCCUCUGAUUCAUCGCCAUGAUAGGGUCUACCAGUGGAACGAGUUCUACUCUGCUCAUACUGGUGAAUUCUACUCAGAGACAAUACUGCCCACAAGUCUGCAAUUCAAGGUCGACCUCACUGGUCGAGAUCCAUCCAAGUGGAAGGUGGUAGGCUGGUACUACGACGGCAACUUCUGGCCGACGACUGCAGCCUUUCGGAAGGGCAUCAAGACCUUGAAACGAAAGCCAGGACCAGUCGUUGAUGGAUCUUGGACUUCUACUGAUCAGCAAGGCGAUAGCUUUCCACGUGAUCACCUAUACCCUCCCAUUUCCGUCCAACCAGAUGGUCCUCGGUUCGGAGUGGAUAGAGAGCAGAACUACGUUGAAUGGAUGGAUUUUAGUUUCUUCCUCUCUAAUCACAAAGAAACGGGUUUGCAGCUACACGACGUUCGAUUCAAGGGCGAACGUCUGAUCUACGAAUUUGGUCUUCAAGAGGCUCUUGCGCAUUAUGCUUCGCAAGACCCCUUACAUGCCUCAUCGGCAUAUCUUGAUUCCUCAUACGGCAUAGGCACCAGCCAAUGGAACCUUGUCGACGGCUUCGACUGCCCAUCCCAUGCUACCUAUCUCAACACAACGUUUUACAUCAGCGAGACUACUCAUGUGCAUCCUAAUAGUUUGUGUUUAUUUGAGUACGACACCGGCUAUCCUAUCCAACGCCACUUGACCAUGGACCAUGUGUCUGCGACCAAGAACAUAGUCUUUACCAUACGGAGCGUCUCCACGGUAGGCAACUACGACUAUCUCUUUGAAUACUCUUUCCACUAUGAUGGCUCUAUCGCCGUUACUGUUCGGGCCUCAGGCUAUAUUCAAGGAGCCUUUUGGUCAGGAGACGGUGACUAUGGUUAUCAUAUUCACGAUAAUCUGUCUGGGUCUAUGCAUGACCAUGUCAUCAAUUUCAAGCUGGAUUUAGACAUCAAGGGCAGAAGGAAUAGUCUGAUGAAGACAGAGUUUGUACCACACACCCAAGUCUAUCCGUGGUCUGAUGGUCAAUCUAUAAAUACAAUGAGGGUUGACCACUCGUACAUUGCCAGCGAGGACGACGGCAAGAUAGAUUGGGCACCGAAUGGAGCUGCUUCAUAUUCUGUUGUUAAUAAGGACAAGCUGAAUGACUUUGGGGAGGCACCCGGUUACUCCAUAACCCCAAAUAGCGGUAGCACUGCCCACCUGACAGUCAAGUCAUCCUCGGCCCUCGGACAAGCCGCCAAUUGGGCCAAUCAUAACCUCUACGCCCUUCAGCACCACGACACUGAGCCAAAGAGCGCAUAUGCCUUUAACAGCCACGACUUGAACCAUCCAGCUGUUGACUUCAACAAGUUCUUCAAUGGGGAAAGUCUGGACCAGGAAGACAUUGUCCUAUAUUUCAAUCUAGGCAUGCAUCACCUCCCUAACACAGCCGACCUACCCAACACUGUGACUACGAAAGCUGUAUCUUCCAUGAUUAUUUCUCCGCAGAAUUAUUUUGCCGGUGACCUAUCACGACGAACCGUCCAUCAAGUUCGACUGUCCUUUGAUAAGAAUUCGAAUGUCACUGAGGUCAAGAGGUUCGGUGUUAAGCAGCCGACCUGCGCGCUCGAUAUGAACAGAGCGGCACCCGAUCUGAGCAAGUUUGUUGGGGAGAUUGAGAUUCCUAAGUUUCCUUGGAAUCCAAGUGGUAGUCUGCAGACAAACCCUGGUGGCUAA